AUGGAAUGGGUUGGACACGAGCCACUACCUCCCAUCGUGGGCAGAAACGUCCUGGGAAGGAAGGUCCUGUACCUGCCUGGCUUCUUCACCUAUGCCAGACACAUUGUGGAAGUGGAUGGGAAAAGAGGCCUCUUCCGUGGUCUGACUCCUCGCCUCAUCUCCAGCACUUUAUCAACCAUCACCAGGGGGAGUGUGAAGAAGGCCUUUCCACCAGAAGACAUGGAGCACGUGUCUAACAAGGAUGAUGUGAAGACCUCCCUUAGGAAAGUGGUGAAAGAGACCUCUCACGAGAUGAUGAUGCAGUGUGUGUCCAGGGUUGUCUCCCACCCGCUGCAUGUGGUCUCCAUGCGCUGCAUGGUCCAGUUCGUAGGCCGGGAAGUCAAAUACAGCGGUGUCUUCAGCGCCAUCGGCAGGAUCCUGAAGGAAGAAGGGAUCCUGGGGUUCUUUGUUGGCUUAGUCCCUCACAUCCUGGGGGAUGUCAUCUUCCUCUGGUGCUGCAACCUCCUGGCUCACUUCAUCAACACCUACGCCGUGGAUGAUAACUUCAGCCAGGCAUCGGUGAUCCGGAGCUACACGAAGUUUGUGAUGGGGAUUGCUGUGAGCAUGCUGACCUACCCAUUCCUUCUGGUGGGAGAUCUCAUGGCAGUGAACAACUGUGGGUUGCGCGCCGGGCUCCCUCCCUACGCUCCUGCCUUCACCUCCUGGAUCCACUGCUGGAGGUAUCUCAGUGCUCAGGGGCAGCUUUUCCGUGGCUCCAGCCUCCUCUUCCGCAGGGCACCCAUGCCAGCCUCCUCCUUCCCCCUCGACUGA